CGUGGAAUUCUGCAAACCAAUAUUAUAAUAAACAGCCCUCUAGCUAAGCCAGUUCCCUCACCACUUCGCCCUCAAAUCAAACUCAUCUCUCUCUCUCUCUCUCUCUCUCUCUCCGUAGACGGAUGAUGUAGCUGCAGGAUAGAUAUGGGGAGGAGAACAGAGAGAAGCACCAAAUCCCAGACCCUCCCUUCCUCGCCAUCCCACUCGUUUUCUUCCUCUUCCUCGUCCUCGGACUUCGAGUUUACCAUUUCUGUAUCCCCUCGUAAAUCCUCCGCCAAUCUCUGCCCAGCCGACGAGCUCUUCUACAAAGGCCAGCUCUUGCCUCUCCACCUCUCUCCCCGCCUCUCCAUGGUUCGCACUCUUCUUCUCGCUUCCUCGAGCACCUCCUCUUCCUCCGACACCACCACCACCGCCUCCCGCGACUCCACCGGCAGCUCCAACGACUCCCACUCCUCCUUCAACAGCGACCUCGUCUUAGUCGUCGACUGCGACUCAUCCAGGCCCAGCUCGGUCACCGAGGACGAAGAGUUUAACCGCCUUCAUAAUCCUACCCUCCAGAGUCAAAUCCAUUUGAACCACCAGAUCAAGAAGAGCAAGUAUUUCUCGCUCUCGAGAUUUUCGUCCGUGUUCCGAAAAGAAACGAAGAACCGUGACCAGGAUAACGUAUCCGCGUCCUCCGUUAAAAGAAUGAGCGCUACGGCUAAAGAGGUUGUUAGGAAGUAUUUGAAGAAAGUGAAGCCGUUGUAUGAAAAACUCUCCCAAAAACAACAGUUACAGCAGCAACAGCAGAAAAUGGGAGGAGUUACGACUACAAGGCCGCUUGCUGCCACUGUAUCUUUCUCAGAGACAGCGGAGAGAUCUACGAAACACACGGAAAUAUCGCGCAAAGGCACGAGGAAAGAAAAUGGCGGUGGAUUUUCUCACUCGUUCUCGGGAAAUUUGAGGUACCCUCGAAGGAGAAGCUGCGCUUCAAGCUGUCCAUCGUCGAUGCGGUCCUCGCCGAGUCAUUCGGGUGUUCUUAAUCGAACCGGCCGGUAUAUGGGAACGGGCAAGGGUGGAGGGAUGAACCAGGCUGACACGUCGUCGAUGGAGGAGUUGCAGAACGCUAUUCAAGGAGCAAUUGCCCACUGCAAGAAUUCCAUGAUUCAAAACAAGUCUACAGUGAUCAGUAAUGAGAUUUGAACUCAGAGAAUGAAUUAACUGAUCAGAUUUUACAACAUCUCUGUGUGUAGCUAUUAUAUAUGAGAUUAUCUCAAACACAAAAACGAUGAGAUAAAAAAAAAAAAAAAAAGUAUCAAACCGUUUUUAUUUUGUUUUUUAUUUUGUUUGUUUUUCCUCUAUCCCCUGAGACAAAGUACGUGAGGUAAAAGCUAGCUACAGCUAGCUUGCAUGUGAAUGUAUUUGUUAGAUUUGCUCGUAAUAUGGCAUCGAAAUCCCUACUCUGCGACUGUCGUCUGUUUUAAGUGAUCUUUGGAACUUGCAGUCUUUCUGGGAUUUGAUUCUAAUUUGAUAACGACAUGUUUAAUUA